AAUGAACUAGAAUGAGGAAUUCUUAGAAAAUGAAUUACAUUCAUUUACCUUCACCAAAAAAAGCUCAAGUUAGAAAAAGGAGAGAAUUCUGUAGCAAACUCCUAUAGUUUAAACAUAACCAUAGAUUGUUUAGAGUUAAGUGAAAGUUGUAAAAAAGAAAAAGAAUAAUGUUAAAGAUUUGAAUUCAAUAUAAGAAGCCAAUUUCAAGUAUAUUUGGAAUUUCUUGAAGUCAAAAUAAGAGUCUGAAUUAAUAGGGGUAAUUGAUAUAGCAAAGGCUGCUUAGAGUGUGAUGAAGAAACCAAUUGAAGAGGAGUUGAUAUUGGUAUUGAUUAUGGUAAUAGGUAGGAAAUGUUGAACAUUUAUAAUGAUAGUCUAUAUUAGGAUGAGAAUAAAAUAUUAAAUUAAGGGAUUGGUGAAGAAGAGUUGCGUUAAAUUUUUAUUGAAUGUAAAUUGAAGAUGUGAA